AUGUCUCUCAGAACAGAGAGACCCCCGUGUGUUGGUGCUGGUGUUGUUGUGGAGUUUGAGAGAGAGGAUAAUAAUGACAGAGAUUCACCUGUGAUCAAAGCCAAAAGGAUACCAAGAUCAGCCCUCAUCUACCUCAAGGGCCCCAAGUUUCUCAUCUAUGUGAGUGGAGCGUUAUCUAUGUGGGGUGAUCGCAUGUGGCAUUUUGCCAUUUCUGUUUUCCUGAUUGAGUUGUAUGGGCGUAACCUGCUGUUAACUGGCAUCUUUGGAUUGGUGGUGGCUGGUUCGGUGCUCUUACUAGGGGCUUUGAUUGGAGAUUGGGUUGACCGCAAUCCAAGAAACAAGGUGGCCCACGCGUCUCUGUUCAUUCAGAAUAUCUCUGUGACCAUUUGCAGCAUUGUUCUCAUGUUGGUGUUCUCUUACAAAAAGUGGAUUGAAGAAAUUUGGGAUGGAUGGUUAACUGUGGUUUGUUAUACGGUGGUGAUCAUCCUGGCAGAUGUUGCAAACCUCGCCAGCACAGCUCUCACCAUUACCAUCCAAAGGGACUGGAUUGUGGUAAUCACAGGCUAUAACCGCGGCCACCUCGCAGGAAUGAAUGCGACUAUGAGGCGGAUUGAUCAGGUGACCAACAUCCUGGCACCACUGGCAGUGGGUCAGGUAAUGACUCUGGCCUCUAAUGUGGUUGGCUGUGGCUUCAUCUUGGGAUGGAAUCUGGUGUCCCUCAUUGUAGAGUUCAUCUUCCUCUCCAGAGUCUACCGCAUCGUGCCGGAGCUGUCAGUCAAACCGCCGGUACUGGAACAUCAAGUCUGUGUAGAGAAGAAAAGAGAAAGAAAAUGCAUGCAAGGCAGGAGCUCAAUGUGUCCAACUUCAGCAGUCUAUGAAGGGAACAGUAGCAGCCUGCAUCUAUCCCGAAUACCGAAAUGUUUCCACCACCUUUGUGGCCUCCUCAGUACCUGCCGAGAGGGAUGGAGGGCAUAUUACAGACAGCCAGUUUUCCUAGCCGGUCUGGGUCUGGCCUUCCUGUACACGACCGUACUGGGCUUUGACUGCAUCACCACCGGCUACGCUUACACCCAGGGAAUUAGCGGAUCGCUUCUCAGCAUCCUAAUGGGAGUGUCAGCCGUGGCGGGGCUUCUGGGUACUCUCCUUUUCACCAAGCUGCGGAAAGCAUGUGGCCUAAUCAACACUGGGCUCAUUUCCAGCGGUCUGCAUCUAGGUUGCCUUAUGCUUUGUGUGUGCUCUGUGUUUGCCCCCGGCAGCCCCGUGGACCUCAGUUUUUUAAACUUGGGAAAUGCGUCCGAUCUGGGAGGAAUGGCCGGAGGUCACCAGAGGCACGGAUACCCGCUGCGUGGAGGCAACAACCAGCCUCUCCUGUCGGACCGAUCGUCCAUUCACUGGACCAAUAGCACUGUGCUGUUUGAGAAUGCACCAUCAGGGACCGAACCUGAGUCUUAUGUUUCCAUCAUCUUGUUGUUUCUUGGAGUCAUUACGGCACGUGUUGGUCUUUGGUCUUUCGACCUAACGGUGACUCAACUCUUACAGGAAACAAUAAGUGAAUCCGAGCGUGGGGUUGUUAAUGGAGUCCAGAGCUCAAUGAACUACCUGAUGGAUCUCUUGCAUUUCCUCAUGGUCAUAUCUGCCCCUCAGCCACAACACUUUGGCAUUCUUGUCAUCGUCUCUGUUCUGUUCAUUUUCACGGGACACACCAUGUACUUCCUGUAUGCCAGGAAAGCCAAGAGGAAACAACGCACACAUACAUAAGCAACACAGAUAUAUGCAGACUUCUCUGUUGAAUGUCUCUUCAUUCCUGCACUGAGCCACGCGUGUUAGUUGAGCCGCAGUGCAGUACUCAGGUGAAUAUAACUGGGAAACAGCGCCUCCUGCUGACAGUCAAGGGAAACACUUCAAUAACUGUAAAGUUGGCACUUAUACCUGUAAGAGAGCCAAGCUUUUCUUGGACGUUAAUCAUUGUUUUAAAGUGCACAGUAUUAUUACAAGAACACGAGACAACACGUUUUAAUGGAUUAUUACCAGAACAAACAUCUCUUUGUUAAGCCUUUUUUGCAAAUUUGGCUUAACUCGAUGCACCAUUACAGAAUUGUGCUGAUAGUAAUAAUCAUGGAGCAUGGGUUCUAAUGCAUUUUUCUCCUCUUUUGUUUGCCGGAAUAUAAGCUGCCCUGAUCAUCAUCUGUUUUUAAAUAAUUAGACAAUGUCCAAUAGUGAGGGAUAAUGCUUUUAUCUGCCAAUACCAUUUACAGGGUGAUGGGUGUAUUUCUAAUUAUAUAACCAAUUAUAGUUAUUACAAUCUCUAAUUAUUACCAAUCAGAGACAUACAAAAAUGUAAAACUUAACCAUGCAUGUACAUGUAUGGAUUUUAGGUAUAAAACAAUGUCACAUAUACGUAGCCUACAUUUAUACAACAUAUAGUACUGUGCAAAAGUCUUAGGCCACCACCACCAGACUUGUUGUUUUUGAAGUUUUAAUGUCCAUCCAUAUUUAUUUUUCAAUAAAUUUUAUUAAGAUACAAACAGAAAAUACAGGAAAUAUGUUUAAAAAAAUUAAAAAAUACAUUUUCAGGACUAAAUGGCAUCGUCUAUGUUUAGCGUGACCUCUAAAGUUGGCACUAAACACAUCCUGAGCGUUUUUUAGCAGGAUGAAGUAAAAAGAAUAAAUUCUUUAAAAUUAGAAAUUAGGAUUUAUUUUAUUUAGGUUUAAGAGAUACACACUAUAUACACAUUUCCUGUAUUUUCUGGAAGUAUUCUAUUAAAGAGGCUGAGAAUUACUAUAACAUUGCAAAAACAACAAAUCUAAUUCUGGCAUGGUGGCCUAAGACUAUUGCACAGUACUGUACAUUUACAUGUAAAAUACAGAAGGCAUUUUUACAUAUGUUACGUAUAUGACACACAAUUCUUCUAACAACUUAAAUUCCUAUUCCAUAAGUAUGGAUACCUUAAUGAGAUUAACAAUUAGGUGACCUAUUAAACUAACUAAAACAAUUUAAUAAAUAUGUUCAUAUGAGCUAUUUGGUAACCACCAAAAUUGAUUUAAAUGUCAAUUGUCGGUAGUUAUAAAUUAUGAAAAAGACAGACAGCUAGUCUACCUUUCGUUUUGGAAUAAAGCACACAUCAAUAAAUCUCGUCCAAUAAGCAGAAAUCCUCUUUCAGCUGUUAAAGCAUACAACUGGUUUCAUUAGGCCGUUUGUGGGUUUUGACUAAAUGAAUAAUCUUGUAUGACAAGACUGUGGACUUUAAUGUGUCUCUGUUGUCUUUUAAUUGAUUACUUUGAGUGUUUUUCAGAACGGAUGAAGACAGAAUCUUACCUCAGCACUUAACUGUUAUGUAUUGAACUCUAGCUUGAACUUAUUUGUGAAAGGUAACUUUACAUUAGUAAUGGUUAACACAUACGUACAGUAAUCUUCAUUGCAUCUGUUUAAACCGUGUUAAUAAUUUAAUACUAUGGAAUACAUUCAUUUCACAGAAUAUUGUUUUUAAGCCGAUGUGUUAAAGUUAUAUGUUUUGAGUACUUACAGAACACUGUA